AUGUCCUCGAUUGCGGCUGCCAACCGACAAGCCGCAAAGGUAGACGAUCCACCUUUGUUGAAUGACCAGCUGGCCAUGUGCAAGGCCAGCCAGCUCUUUCCUUCUCAUUGUAUAAAUAGAGGUAGAGAGAGCAGAGGGAAAUGUGGAGGAUUGAAACUUGAAAAGCCUGGUCUGAGAAGUCUACUUCAAAACUUGACUAACCUCAAAGUGCUUCGUCUCAAUGACGUGAGCAUAUCUUCUGAAGUACCUGAUACAUUGGCCAACUUAACUUCCUUGACAACUCUCGUUUUUGAAAAUUGUGGGUUGCGUGGCGAGUUUCCAAUAAGCAUAUUUUAUCUGCCAAACCUUCAAGUUCUUGAUGUAAGUUUGAAUGGAUAUCUCACUGGCCAUUUGCCCGAAUUUCAUCCAAGUAGCCCCCUUCAACAUUUGAUGCUUUCUUACAAUAGCUUUUCGGGGAAGCUACCGAAUUCGAUUGGAAAUCUUAAUUUCCUGAAUCAAUUAAAUUUCUCUGGCUACUAUUUCUCAGGGUCCCUUCCAGCUUCACUCGGUAAUUUGACCCAACUCAAUUACGUGUCGCUUUCAUCCAACAAGUUUAAUGUAGGGACUCUACAAAUACUUGGUAAGCUAACUGAGCUCACUGACUUGGAGCUUAGGGACCUCAAUCUAUACGUUUCGAUCCCAUCAGUUCUUUCAAACCUAACUCAACUUACUUAUUUAGACCUGUCCUCCAAUCUUUUAAGUGGUGAAAUAACAUCUCAUAUAACCAACCUAACCCAUCUAAUUUCGCUAGAUGUUUCAAUAAAUCAAUUGCGAAGCCCAACCCAAAGGUCAUUAUCUGAGCUAAAGAAUCUUGAAACGCUAGAUCUUUCUUUCAAUAACCUCAGUGGCUUCGAACUUGAAAUUUUUCUGAUGCUCAAAAAUCUUAUUUUUCUCGAUUUGUCUGGUAACAAUUUAACAGUUCUAACCAAAAAAACUUCAAAUAACACUCUUAACAAAUUAAAGGUGUUGGAGUUGAAUUCAAGCAACUCGAGGAAAUUCACAAAUUUCUUGCACUUCCAAGACAAACUUGAUAUUUUAUCUCUUGCUGAAAACAAAAUUCAUGGCGAAAUUAUGGCAUGGAUGUGGAACACAAGUGUAGAAACUCUAGCGUGGUUAAGUCUUCGGAAUAACUUUCUAACAGGCUUUGAGCAACAACCAGAUAUCCUUCCAUGGGAUAAUUUAGGCGAAUUAGACCUUUCUUAUAACAGGCUACAAGGACCACUGCCAAUUCCACCAUUAUCCACCUGCUCUUGUAGUGUCUCAUACAAUGGAUUGACAGGAGAACUUCCACCAUUGAUCUGUCGAUUGAGUUCUCUUUAUGUUCUUGAUUUGUCUAAUAACAACUUGACUGGAACUAUUCUUCCAUGUUUGAGUAACUUCAGUGAUUCUUUGACAGUUCUAAAUCUCCAAGGCAACAACUUUCAGGGUCCCAUUCCUCACUCAUACAAUAGAGGAAACAAAUUGAAGAUGAUUGACUUGAGUGAUAAUAAAUUACAGGGGAAGGUGCCAGGAUCAUUGGCAAAUUGUACCGAGCUUGAGUUUCUUGAUCUCUCAAAUAAUCUGAUUGACGAUGCAUUCCCCUUGUGGUUAGGAGAUCUUACAAAGUUACAGGUUCUCAUCUUGCGAUCCAACAAAUUUUAUGGUGCAAUAGAGAAUCCCAAAAUUAAGUUGGAGCUACCAAAUUUGCACAUCAUUGACCUCUCUCAUAAUGGUUUUACAGGUGAUUUGCCAUCAAAAUACUUUCAAAAUUGGAAUGCAAUGAAAUUUUUUGAUGUCAACAAGAUGAAAUAUAUGAACACAAUCAUUGAAGUUCGCAGGAACAAUGACAGUUGGGGUGAUGGCUAUUGGUACACAACGAACAUUACAAACAAAUGUGUAAAUACAGAAUAUCAGGAGAUCCCGAAUAUCUUCACUGCCAUUGAUCUCUCAAGCAACAAAUUUGAAGGGGUGAUUCCAGAAUUUAUUGGAAACCUUAAGGGGCUUAAGCAGCUCAACCUUUCCAACAAUAACCUUAAUGGUGGAAUCCCAUCAUGCUUGGGGAACCUAACAAACCUUGAAUCUUUGGACCUUUCUCAAAACAAGCUCUCGGGAGAAAUCCCGCAGCAACUAGCACUUCUCACUUUCCUUGAAUUUUUAAAUGUCUCAAAUAACCAUCUCACUGGACCCAUUCCACAUGGGCAGCAAUUCAACACAUUUGAGAACAAUUCCUACGAGGGGAAUUCAGGAUUGUGCGGAGACCCUUUAUCAAGGAAAUGUGGAAAGUUAGAGGCACCACCACCAUUGAACUCGGAACAAGAUAAUGAUUCAGCGUUCCCAAGUAAAUUUGAUUGGAUUUUCAUAUGCAUGGGAUAUGUGAGUGGGAUAGUAGUCGGGAUGGUUAUUGGGCACACAAUAACCACAAGCCAAAAUGCCAUGCAGACGAGAGCUCCGCCCUGCUGCAAUUCAAACAAAGCUUUUCAAUUGGCAAAUCCACUUCUAGUGAUCCUUCUGCUUAUCCGAAGGUUGCAUCAUGGAAGCAACAGUUUCCUCCACGGUUCUAUCAAUUCAAGCAGCAGCCUCUUCAGCCUAGUUCACCUUCAGCGACUUAACCUUGCUUAUAAUGACUUCGAUUACUCUUGCAUUCCAUCAGAAAUUGGCCAUCUCUCAGGGCUAACAAGUCUCAACUUUUCCUCCUCUGUAUUUUCCUGUCAAAUCCCUUUGAAAAUCUCAAAAUUGUCCAAAUUGGUUUCUAUUGAUCUUUCUUUCAAUGUAGACUCAUCAAAUGCAGGAGGAUUGAAACUUGAAAAGCCUGGUCUGAGAAGUCUACUUCAAAACUUGACUAACCUCAAAGUGCUUCGUCUCAAUGACGUGAGCAUAUCUUCUGAAGUACCUGAUACAUUGGCCAACUUAACUUCCUUGACAACUCUCGUUUUUGAAAAUUGUGGGUUGCGUGGCGAGUUUCCAAUAAGCAUAUUUUAUCUGCCAAACCUUCAAGUUCUUGAUGUAAGUUUGAAUGGAUAUCUCACUGGCCAUUUGCCCGAAUUUCAUCCAAGUAGCCCCCUUCAACAUUUGAUGCUUUCUUACAAUAGCUUUUCGGGGAAGCUACCGAAUUCGAUUGGAAAUCUUAAUUUCCUGAAUCAAUUAAAUUUCUCUGGCUACUAUUUCUCAGGGUCCCUUCCAACUUCACUCGGUAAUUUGACCCAACUCAAUUACGCGUCGCUUUCAUCCAACAAGUUUAAUGUAGGGACUCUACAAAUACUUGGUAAGCUAACUGAGCUCACUGACUUGGAGCUUAGGGACCUCAAUCUAUACGGUUCGAUCCCAUCAGUUCUUUCAAACCUAACUCAACUUACUUAUUUAGACCUAUCCUCCAAUCUUUUAAGUGGUGAAAUAACAUCUCAUAUAACCAACCUAACCCAUCUAAUUUCGCUAGAUGUUUCAAUAAAUCAAUUGCGAAGCCCAACCCAAAGGUCAUUAUCUGAGCUAAAGAAUCUUGAAACGCUAGCUCUUUCUUUCAAUAACCUCAGUGGCUUCGAACUUGAAAUUUUUCUGAUGCUCAAAAAUCUUAUUUUUCUCGAUUUGUCUGUGAUUCUUUUGAAAGUUCUAAAUCUCAAAGGGUACACAAACUUUCAGGUUCCCAUUCCUCACUCAUACAAUAGAGGAAACAAAUUGAAGAUGAUUGACUUCAGUGAUAAUAAAUUACAGGGGAAGGUGCCAAGAUCAUUGGCAAGUUGUACCGAGCUUGAGAUUCUUGAUCUCUCAAAUAAUCUGAUCGACAAUACAUUCCCCUUAUGGUUAGGAGAUCUUACGAAGUUACAGGUUCUCAUCUUGCGAUCCAACAAAUUCUAUGGUGCUAUAGGGAAUCCCAAAAUUAAGUUAGAGUUACCAAAUUUGCACAUCAUUGGCCUCUCUCAUAAUGGUUUUACUGGCGAUUUGCCAUCAAAAUACUUUCAAAAUUGGAACGCAGUGAAAUUUUUUGAUGUCGACAAGAUGAAAUAUAUGGACAUAAUCAUUGAAGUUAGCACGAACAAUGACAUUUGGGGUGAUGGCUAUUGGUACACAAUGAACAUUACAAACAAAGGUGUAAAUACAGAAUAUCAGGAGAUCCUGAAUAUCUUCACUGUCAUUGAUCUCUCAAGCAACAAAUUUGAAGGGUUGAUUCCAGAAUUUAUUGGAAACCUUAAGGGGCUUAAGCUGCUUAACCUUUCCAACAAUAACCUUAAUGGUGGAAUCCCAUCAUGCUUCGGGAACCUAACAAACCUUGAAUCUUUGGACCUUUCUCAAAACAAGCUCUAG